AUGGAGAGCGAAGACUGGAGCUCCGUGGCCUCGGCCGUGCACGCAGCGCUGCCCGAAGGCGCCUACUCGCACCUGCACUGGGCCGCCAGGGUCGACUUUGACCAGCGCGUCGUGCACGCGACGGCGACCAUCUACGACAACACGGAGCUCCACGAAGCGUACAACCGCGCCGUCGAGUCGCUCGCCAGAAGCCUCGACGUGGUCUUGGCGACGCUCGGCGAGAGCACAAGCAGUCUCUCGGCGCAGCUGCCGCCGCCAACCGUUCCACAGCCCUCGCACGCGAUCGGGUUUGCGGUCUUUGCCCGCAUCUUGCAGACGUCGCACGUGGCGCGGACGCAACCGUUGAUGCCACCAGACGCAGUCUACGGUGGCGUCUGGGCCUGGCGCGUCGCGACGCCGAUCGUCCGUGCGCUGCAGACGCCGUCCUUUCUCGACGUGCUCUGGAGCUGGCUCGGCAUGUGCGGUCUCCGUCUCUGCCUUGACGGCCACGUCUUCUCGGUGCAGAGCCGAUGGCCGGCGUGGCCGUCGCCGCCGACCGCCUUUGCGCUGGACCACAUGCCGCAUGCGAUGCACACGUGGCCGCAUGGCGCCUUGGCCCACUAUGUCGGGUGGAGCGACGUCGACGGGCUGCAUCUGGACGUGUUUGUAUGGCCUCGCCAUCCGACCGAGCGCGGUCAUGGCUUCCGAACGCUCUGGCGACGCCAAGAUGCGAGCUUGGUGGUGCUGCUGGCGCGGGACGUGCUGGUGACGACAGCAGCGUACGACCCAACGGACGGUGCGACACGUCGCAUGGCCAACGUCCACGCCGAGUCGACCGACUUGCAUCUCGAGAUGAUCUACGACCGCGUGCUGCUGGACGAGUGCAAUGCCGACAUGUAA